AUGACCCGUGCGGCUAUCGCGGAGCCAAUUGGCGACCGGCGGUGCCGCCGGGUUCUGGAGAAGCAACAGCAGUUCUCGCCAGAGCUCGAUGGCAUGGUCCGGAGGCGUGGUAAGCGGUGGGCAUUGCCAAAGCUUGGAAACAAGCAAAAAUGUCACUUGGGCACUGAGAAAUCUGCGAGCACUAAGGAGACCCUGCCGUCUCCAGCAGUCGUCGAAGUGGACGGUUCACUGCAGCCGGCGGACGGCGGCUCCGUGGAACGCCACGGAAGCGCGGCAUCGCUGCACCCACCCGAGCCCGUGCACGACAUACGGCGCUUUGAGGAAGAGAUGAACUACAACUACGCCGUGUGGCAGGCAGAGACCGCGGGCGUCUGCCUGAUGUCCUUCCUGGUGAUCCUGUCAGGAUUGGCGCUCCUCUGCCUGCUGAUGUUGUCAAUGCGCGACCAGAAGGGCCUCUCAGCUGUUGUCUCCAACAUAGUGGGCGCUGCCUACCCGCCACGUCACAAGGGUGCCCAAUAGAAACCUUUUUAAAUGGAGCUUCCCGCGUGUCUGAGAUCACCCCAUGCACAAACCGAAGAAAGCUAAUAAAACACACGCAUCACAUUUCCACUGCAAUCGACCUCUUGCGGACUCCAAAGUCAUAUACGGACACCAAACGUCUGUGUUGAAGUAAAACUCCCCUCAACAGUGGA